UUUCACUCGUUGCACUAAGCUCUUAGCCCAAUUUGUGAAAGACUUUCACUCGUUGGGCUGAACUGUCAAAGUCGAAAAUCGAUCGAGGGUCACACCGAUUGUUUGUUGUUAUGGGAAACGCAGAAAAGUUUUCACACCACUGACGUUUAUUUCAUUCGUGGUUGAGUUUCGUUCUAGGUUGGAUUAAUUGGCUCAAAAUGGAUGGUUUGCAAGGAUCCAGUACGAACGUUAACCGGAAACGGAGGAGCAAUUUCCUGACGCUGGUGGAGAAGGUUCGCAUAAUUGAAGAUUUUGAAGCAGGAGGUGGUACGCAUGACUUUCUUGGGAAGAAGUACGGCGUAGGAUCUUCUACGGUCACGAGAAUAAUCCAAAAGAAAGAAGCAAUUCGUGAGGCGGUGGACAAGUUCAAGGAAUAUGGUGUAAAUAAUCGAAAAACAUUGAAAGAGCAGACGUUCCCUUUGCUGGAAGAAGCUAUUUACAUCUGGAUUUUACAGCAGCGGCAGUCCAACAUUUUGUUGACAGUGGAUAUUCUUAAAGCAAAGGCGGAGCUGCUGUUUAAGAUGUUCCAGGACCGGGGGCUCUAUGCGGUGCACGGUUUUUCUGCUUCGGAUGGCUGGAUGCAUCGUUUUAAGCAGCGGUUUGGAUUGCGCGUGAAAGCCGUAACAGGAGAAAAGGCAUCGGUAAACGUUGAAGCGUACCUAAAUUUCAAGAAGGUUCUAGGAAGAUUCAGGAAAUGCAGCUAUCACUAUCCCAAGUCUUUAAUGCAGAUGAAUCUGCCUUGUUCAUCAAGCUCCUAG